AUGUCCACAACACAAGGCAAACCCCUCGACCCCUACGGGGCCAAAACGCACGAAUCGGUCCCGGUGGACGAGAAAAUCGCCGACCUGACGAGCUUCAUCUCGCGCACGAAAUACGGCAUGCUGACCACCAAGGCGUCGGACGGGGAGCUGCUCGCUAGUCGCUGUAUGGCGUUGGCGGGGAUUGACUCAUCCAUCGAUCCCAUCCUACACACAAACCUCCACACGCCCAAGACCCUCGACCUGCGCACCUCCCCCACACUCACAAACAUCACGUUCCUGGAUGCGGCGACCGGCGCGUGGGCGUCCCUCUCCGGCACCGCGCACAUCCUGACCGAUCAGGCCUCCAUCGAUAAGUACUACACGCCGGCGCUGGGGGCGUGGCUGGGCGAUCUGGGCGACGGGGUGCAUGAUGGGGGGCCGGGCGAUCCGCGGAUCGGGGUGAUUCGGAUUGAGGUGGUGGAGGCGGUGCAUGCGGGCGGAGGGCGCAUCAAGGACAGAGUCAGGGUGUUUGAGUGAGAAAUUGAGAAAUGUGGAUUGAGAGUGAGGGGGUGUAUAUCGAAUCGAGCUGGUGAGUCAGGUGGGUAUGCUGAGGUGAAUAGUAGAAAGAGAGAGUCAAAGUCAAGACAUGUAUUCUUAUAUAGUACAUUACUAGGCAGAUGAUCUGAUAUGUUCCAGUCCCGCCUGUAUCAUCGUGGGUAUCUCAAAUCAAAUGACGCCAACCCCAGACCAAUGCGCCGUAUU